AUGGCAUCAAUUUAUGAUGGCAUUGAAAGUUCUUCAGACCAGGAAUCAUUAUCUCCUGCUCCUCCUGAAGAACACACACACCAUGAUGCUAUGGCCAAAGCAGAACAAAUUAUUUCAGAUCUCAUAAGUACUGAUCCAUUACUUGAAGACUUGCCACAAGAAGUGACCUUAGAAGAGGUUACUUCACAAUUAGCAUUGGAAUAUGGACAAGCUAUGUCUAUUAAUGUCUGUCGAGCUGAUGGCCAAGUAAUGCGAGUUGUGGUGGUGCAAGAUGCAACAGUGUUGGAUCUUAAACACGCAAUUAAACGUUAUGUGAAGUUAAAACAGAAACGACAAAAUGGGACAGAAAUACUCAGUUGGCGUUAUGUUUGGAGAAGAUAUUGGCUUUAUUUUGAUGGUCAGAAGUUAAUGGAUGAUAGCAAACCAUUAAAGGAGUAUGGGAUCAGAAAUAAAGCAGAUGUCACAUUUAAACAUCGCCUAAAACAACAAGGAUGCAGAAAGACAACUUAA